UGUUCCAGCUUUUCUGCCGGGUGAUCAGCCAGCCUCUCGCAGCACACGCUCACUCCAGACCGGGAAAGGAAAUGGACAGCAUUCUGAGCACUGAAGACAUCAAGAAGGCUCUCGAUGCUUUCAAAGCCGAGGACAGCUUCGACUACAAGAAGUUCUUUGAGCUGGUGGGGCUGAGUGCCAAGUCAGAUGAGGAGGUGAAGAAGGCCUUCCUAGUGCUGGACCAGGACAACAGUGGAUACAUAGAGGAGGAGGAGCUCAAGUUUGUUCUGAAGGCCUUCUCUCCUGAUGGGCGGGACUUGACUGAGAAGGAGACCCAGGCCUUCCUGUCAGCGGCCGACCAGGAUGGAGACGGCAAGAUCGGAGUGGACGAGUUCACUGCAUUGGUGAAAGAGUAGAAGACGCUGCUGGCUCCGACCCCCCAACCUCCUCGCUCUAGUUCCCACAAAG